AUGCCAGGGAUAGAAUCGGACCCAGCGAAUGGCCUAGACAACUACGAUGUGGACGAUUUCUCAGACGAUCCUUUUGCAUCCCCACCUCCAGAGACAACCAGCAAGAAGCGGAAAGAGCCAGACUCUGGUCUAGGAAUUGACGAGGAGGUCGAUGUCAAGAAACGAGCCAGAGUCCCUAAUGUUAAGCUUGAUGAAGAGAGGUUACUUGGACCUAAAGGAUUACCGAAGCUGAGGCAGAGAGCUCGCGACCUGAAAAUCAAGGGGAAAGGUCACGAGUUCUCGGAUGCCUCACGUCUUCUAUCCUUUUACCAAUUAUGGCUUGACGACCUAUUCCCAAAGGCCAAAUUUCUUGACGCCCUUGCAAUGGUUGAAAAGGCGGGUCACAAGAAGCGAGUGGCGAUUGCACGAAGUGAUUAUAUCAACGAGAGCAAACCCAAGGAUAUGAAUGCAGACGAGGAGGUUGAGGACGAUCUGUUUGGUGACAACAUUACAACAAGACCUACCGAUGAUGAAUCCAUAAGGCCGACGAUAGGCACCGCAAGAGCAAAAACACCAGAGCAAGAUGCGGAUGUGCCAGACGAUGACGACCUCUACGACGCUACACCGCGACAUUCACGGCCGAUUGUACCUAUCCGUAAUGAAAUUCCUGAAGAAGAUGAUCUUGACGCCCUAAUUGCCGAGGCGGAAGGCCGAGACGCAGCUCGAAAGGUAACCACACAGCCAACCCAAGCUGAGCCUGAUGAGGACGAUCUGGAUGCCCUCAUGGCAGAGGCCGAGAUUCAAGAUCACACGACCAAGAAGGUCGACGCUCCAAAAGAGAACAGUAAAAACAAGGAUAGCUUCGAUGAUGAUGAAGCAGCAAUGCAGGAGAUGGAUGGAUUAUGGUGA